GUGCUGUUCUCGGAAACAUGGCGGCGCGCAGCAUUUUGUCGGCUCUGUUUCCCUUUCAGAGCCAGUUAGACUUCGCCCUGGAAGAAGCUACCACGCAAGAAGAAAAGGAAAAUUUAGUACAUGAGUAUUUACAAAAGUUGGACAAAAAAGAUUUAAUGGUUCCUGAUUUUGAAGAAGGUCUGGAGUGGCUAAACACUGAGGGCCCUCUGUCUCUGAAAAGGGAAUUAUCAGGCAAAGUGGUGGUGCUGGACUUUUUCACCUACUGUUGCAUCAACUGCAUGCACAUACUGCCUGAUCUGCACAAACUGGAGCAGCUUCACACUGUGAAAGAUGGCCUAGUUGUAGUAGGUGUUCACUCUGCUAAGUUUCCCAACGAGAAGAUUUUGCAGAACAUUUGCAGUGCUGUGUUGAGGUACGGUAUUACUCACCCAGUGGUGAACGACAGUGAUGCUCAGCUGUGGCAGGAGUUAGACGUGUCCUGCUGGCCCACCUUGGUGAUUCUUGGGCCCAGAGGAAACCUACUGUUCUCGGUGGUGGGUGAAGGACAUCGAGAACGCCUCUUCCUGUUCACCGCUGGUGCUCUCAAUUACUAUGGACAGCAGGGUUUGCUCAGAGACCAUGCUGUGGAAAAAAAGCUCUACAAGGACUCCUUACCGCCCUCCAUCCUGUCAUUCCCAGGAAAAGUGGCAGUGGAUCCCAAAAGCAAGAACCUGGCCAUUGCAGAUACAGGACACCACAGGGUUCUUGUGUUGUCCAGCACUGGUCAAGUCCUGUACUGUGUAGGAGGCCCAGAAAGUGGAAAGCGGGAUGGAGAUCUGUCUGAGGCACGAUUUAAUUCUCCUCAAGGAAUAUGCAUGAAAGGAGGCACUGUGUAUGUGGCUGACACUGAGAAUCACCUCAUCAGGAAGAUUGACCUUUUAGAAAGAAAAGUUGUAACUUUAGCUGGCAUCGGCAUCCAAGGCACAGAUAAAGAGGGUGGAGCAAUGGGACUUCAGCAGCCAAUCAGCUCCCCAUGGGACAUAGUCCUUGGCACAGCAGGUGGUACAAAGGAUAACGUGUUGUGGAUUGCAAUGGCAGGGACUCAUCAAAUCUGGGCUCUGUUCCUAGAGGAUGGGAAGCUGCCCAAAGGAAGUGAGUAUAAAAAGGGCGAGUGUGUGCGCUUUGCAGGCAGCGGGAAUGAGGAGAACAGGAAUAACGCAUACCCUCAUAAAGCUGGCCUGGCUCAGCCAUCAGGUCUGACCUCUGCUCCUGAAGAGCCAUGGAGUUGUCUUUUCAUCGCAGACAGCGAGAGCAGCACCAUCCGCAGCCUUUCUCUGAGAGACGGAGCUGUCAAACAUGUAGUCGGUGGGGAAAGAGACCCCCUGAAUCUCUUUGCCUUUGGAGAUGUGGAUGGAAAGGGGGUGGAUGCUAAGCUUCAGCAUCCUUUAGGAGUAGCCUGGAAUUCCAGUAAAAGCCUGCUCUAUGUAGCAGACUCCUACAACCACAAGAUCAAAGUUGUGGACCCUAAAACCAAGCAGUGCAGGGUGCUGGCAGGCAAUGAGGAAGUGAGCGACACAUUUGGCCCGAGCGUUGCAGAGACUAGUUUCAGUGAGCCCGGGGGUCUCUGUGUGGCCGAGGGGGGCUCGCUGCUCUACAUAGCAGACACCAACAACCAUCACAUCAAAGUGCUGGACUUAGAGACCAAAUCAGUGUCUGUGUUCCCCAUUUCAAUGGUAGAAGUUGAUUCUUUUGUUGCAAACCCUGCUCCCACUGCUGCACUUGUAAAGGUCCCCAAGCUUCCAAAGUCAGCUCCAGUGCUCAGCAUGGCUACGUUACCUGUGUCAGCAGGGCAGGUCAUCGAUAUCCACCUCAUCCUGACUCUACCUGGUGAAACCAAACUGACCAAGGAUGCCCCAAGCUUCUGGAGUCUCUCUGCUGAAGGUAAUGAAUGGUUACUGCAAGGACAUGCUGUGACGGGAAGCAUUGCUGAUCUCUCGCAGCCGCUCUCCAUCACCUGCACCAUCCCGCCUCGACCGCAGACCCCUGACCCCACGCUGACCCUCAGUGCCUGGGUCUACUGUUGCCUGUCAGAGGGUGGAGCCUGCAUGAUGAAGGCUGUGUCAUUUAUACAGCCUCUGAAGAUUGACUCUGCUAUCAAAGAAGGCACUGUAGCUGUGACUUUAGCUCACGUCUUCUGAAACACGCACUCGCUUCUUCAGACUUUCUACAGCUUGGGCACAUUCAGAGUAUACUUGCAUCAGUUGUAGCAAACAAAGAAUCUUGCACACAAAAAUGCUUGCAUAAAAGCUUACAUGUUUACACACGUGCACUGUAAAGAAUUGACAACGUGGGUGUUUGUCCACUUGAAACGUAAGACGGUUGCAUAUGUUAGGUAAUUAGCAGCUUCGGAACAAAGUGCCUUUUUUCCUUCAGAAGCGCCUAUUACCUAACUGCAUCGGUCCUGCUUGGCUGUGCUGUGCGCAGUCAGGCACUCAGAUCUGUUUUUCUCCGCAUAUCUGAUGUAGGUUAUCUUUUCAGCAGAAAAACAAAUUCUACCGGCAUUAUUUUUCAGAAAACGAUCACAUGUCUAAAACACACAAAUCUGAAAAGAUCUGUUUGGAACAUACCACUGUUCUACUAAUAGUAUAAUUUUGCAGGCUUAUUUAUAAUCUGGUGUACUGAUUACAUAAAUAGCCAGUACAUGCUGAGCAUUGUUUUGCUUUUGUUCAUUUAUUUCAGAGUGCACUUAAACUUGGUAUUCUGAAUUCUCAACGUUAUCAGUCGGCUUCAUUUGUGAUUAGAACCAUUUAGGUCUUAAGCUUGAUACUAAGAUGCAAUACAGUUGUUUUUUUCCUUUUUUUUUUUUUUGCUUUCUUUUUUAAAUCUAAUACUUAUCAGAUAUAUAAAUGUUUAUCAAAAAGGGAACGCAGUCUAAUGUACUGUAUGUGACACAUAAGGUAUAAACAUGUAUUUCAUAAAACAAAACUAAAUAGCAUUCAUUUUUCACCUGGUUGUUGACCAUUUACAGCUUAGUCCGUGUGUCAUGUUUUUAGACUGUUUUAAGUGACUUCUAAUCCAAAUUCAAGCUUUGCAUCCUCAUGUAGUAAAACCGAGAGCCAGCGUGUCUAAGUAGAUCUUGUGUUUUCUUCAUUCUCCUCAAAAGGCAGCUGCUUUUCAAAACAGCAUCUAAAUUCUGCACUUUAACUCACUUGAAAGAAGUAAUGUAAUAAACAUUAUUUUACCAGUGUU